UCUCAACAAGUCAACAUGGCCCGUACGAAGCAAACCGCCCGCAAGUCGACCGGAGGAAAGGCCCCUCGCAAGCAGCUGGCAACCAAGGCAGCCCGCAAGAGCGCCCCAGCCACCGGUGGGGUCAAGAAACCCCAUCGCUACAGACCUGGCACGGUCGCCCUCCGAGAGAUCCGUCGCUACCAGAAGAGCACGGAGCUGCUCAUCCGCAAGCUGCCCUUCCAGCGUCUUGUUCGUGAAAUCGCCCAAGACUUCAAGACCGACCUGCGCUUCCAAUCGUCCGCCGUGAUGGCCCUGCAGGAGGCCAGCGAAGCCUACCUCGUCGGACUCUUCGAAGACACCAACUUGUGCGCCAUCCACGCCAAGCGCGUCACCAUCAUGCCGAAGGACAUCCAGCUCGCCCGCCGCAUCCGCGGAGAGCGCGCUUAA